AUGCCGCUAAUUUACUCCAGAUCAUACUUCAGUGCAAUACACCUGUUCCUGCUAACAAUACCCCUUUGCCAUGCACUGGUUGCACAACCCCCAAUCCCGGAGGUCGAUGUCGCCAUAAUUGGCGGUGGCCUCUCAGGACUCUCCACAGCCAAAAGCCUCUUAGCAGCCAACAAAUCCUUCGUUAUCCUAGAAGCACGAGACCGAGUCGGUGGUCGUGUGCUAAAUGCCAACCUCACAGGAAAGAACAUUCAAGAACUCGGCGCCGAAUAUGUUGGACCAACACAAAACCGCGUGCUGGCUCUCGCAGCCGAACUCGGUCUACCAACCUUCAAGACAUAUACAGUGGGAAAGUCGACUUUCUAUCGAAAUAACACGGCGCGUCAUUAUCAAGACGUCCUAGGCGGUAUUCCUCCCGUGGCUCCAGACUCCCUCCUUGAACUUGAAGUCUUCAUGAGCGACAUCAAUACUUUGGCUAGCAUGGUCGACCUGGAAGCACCAUGGAAUACCCCGAAUGCCGCAGCGCUUGAUGCAAUGACUCUAGAAACAUACGUCUACUCUCGACUAUCGACACCCGACUCUCGCGUCCUUCUCAACGUCGCUUUCCCAGCCAUUCUAUCAACCGAGUUGAGGGAAGUGUCUCUGCUAUAUACAUUAUGGUGCAUAGCCGCUGCCGGAGAUGAAACUGGGCCUGGGACAAUCAACCGUCUCAUUGGCAUCGACGGCGGUGCACAGGAUAGUCGAGUGAGUGGUGGAACACAAUUACUCGCAACGCUACUGGCCGAGAGACUCGGCUCACAAAACAUCUACCUCAACACACCCGUACACGAAGUCCAGCUCGAAGAAUCCCGCUAUCUAGUCUCAUCGGAUAAUGUCACCAUCUCAGCCCGACAUGUCGUCGUUGCGAUGUCCCCGCCUCUAAUAAGCCGCAUCGCAUUUGAUCCCCUACUCCCCACCAACCGAGAGGAAUUAAACCAGCGCAUGCCAUUGGGUGCACUCGGUAAAGCCAUUGCGAUCUUCCCCAGCGCCUGGUGGCGGGCCGAGGGCCUCAACGGAGAAGGUAUUAGUGACACCGGUGCGAUCCGAGUGACAUACGACAACUCACCGGCUGAUGGAUCAUUCGGGGCUAUAAUGGGCUUCAUCGAGGCGGACGCGAUGCGCGAGCUGGAUGUUGCGAGCGAGGACGAGGUCAAGCGUCAGGUUAAGGAGAGCUUUGCGAAUCUGUUUGGUUCGCGUGUGGAAAAUGCUACGGACGUUCUUGUUCAGAGGUGGGAUCUUGAGGAGUUCUCCGGUGGUGGCCCUAGUGCCUUCAUGCCGCCGGGGGUUUUGACGCUGUAUGGGUCUUAUUUACGGGCUCCAGUUGGGAGGAUCCAUUUUGCUGGAACUGAGACUUCGCUAAGAUGGAUUGGGUAUAUGGAUGGGGCUAUUAGUUCGGGGGAAAGGGUUGCCGAGGAGAUAUUGAGGAAUUGGUGA